GUCCUUUCUCUUGGUAUCCUCACAUCAGGCUUGAAGUGCCCGAUCAGCAACCCAUUAUCGCCUCUUCCAGUCAACGACCCCUCGCACCACCCCUCCGACGACCGCUGCCUGUCACGAAGAAGUCUCCAGAUGAGGGCCGGUUCCAAGUCCUUGACUUUGAAGGUACAAAGAAACUUGAUGUCGACGCAUACUCUCUUCAGGAUUACAUGUUCAACCCGAAGAGAUGGGGAUUGAUUAACGCAUCGGACGGGAUACGCAAGAAUUCAACUAAUCCGGUGUCGCCUUCAGCUCAGCCAUCUCCUUCCAGCAACGACAAAAUGCGUCUGGAUUACAUUAUCAAUCCAGAUGUCUCUGGAAUAUCAGCCAACAUAAAAGGUAAGGCAUCCCUUAAGCGUUCGCUCCCCGACAGUGACGUUGAGCUCGGUCCCGCCAAACGACAAAAGCUGGGGGUUGCGUCUACAUCAGGCCUCGCCCCGGAGGCUAUCGAGAUCCUUAAGCCGCCUCGCAAGGUAAGGGCACCGCAAUACUCCUGCCUCCACUGCGGCAGCCGUCCAAACUCGACCAAGUGCACUAUCGAGUGCUACCGGGCCUUCCGAGCCGCCCACUUCGCUCCAGCCGCCAAGAAGAUCCAGAUCCGGCAAACAACGGCCGGUCUGCACGCCACGGGCCUCGGGGUCUUUGUCAAGACAGGGGAAACCAUCUCCGAAGGGGACUGGUUAGGUGAGUACCUCGGCGAGCUGCUCCCGGCCGACGCUCCCGAGGCCGACACCAGUGACUACGCGUUCCUCAUGCCCGGCCGAGCAGUCGAGCGCGUGAGAAAGGUGGUGGUUGAUGCCGCCACGCACGGAAACUGGACCAGUUUUGUGAAUUCCUCGUGCAAUCCCAACGUCGAUGCGAUUCCGGAGCAGGUGGGUAAGGUCAGGAUCGUUGCGUUCCGAGCCGCGAGGGAUAUCCACGCCGGAGAGCAGCUGCUGAUUUUCUAUGGGAGGGAGUUUUUCGAGGAACGGGGGAUAGACAACACCAGGAACAGCGCGAGCUCCAACCCCUUGAACAGCAUCCUUUCCCUGCGCCAUAUACCCCCAACGACAUCAUCAGUCAAUAUGGGCGGCGGACCAGCACCUGGCUACCGAUCGGUUGUUUACUUCGUCAACUGGGCUAUCUACGCCCGGAAGCACCGCCCGCAGGACUUGCCGAUCGAGAAGUUGACUCAUGUGUUGUACGCUUUCGCCAACGUCCGCCCGGAAACUGGCGAGGUGUACAUGACGGACUCGUGGGCCGACACCGAAAUUCACUGGGAGGGCGACAGCUGGAACGACAGCGGCACCAACCUGUACGGCUGCCUGAAGCAACUCAGCCUGCUCAAGCGGCGUAACCGCAACCUCAAGGUGCUCCUGUCUAUCGGCGGCUGGACAUACAGCUGCAACUUCAGGCAGCCCGCUUCCACCCCGCAGGGUCGCCAGACGUUCGCCUCAUCCGCAGUCCAACUCCUCGCCAACCUAGGCUUUGACGGCAUCGACAUCGACUGGGAAUACCCGCAGAACCCCACCGAGGCAGGGGACUACGUCUCCCUCCUCGCCGAAGUGCGCUCCGCCCUCGACCGCUACGCGCACACGGCUGAUCCUUCCAACCCACCCCACUUCCAGCUAACCGUUGCCUGCCCGGCCGGCUCGCACCACUACACCAAGCUCGACAUCCGCGACAUGGACCGCUACCUCGACUUCUGGAACCUGAUGGCGUACGACUACGCCGGCUCAUGGGAUAGCGUCUCCGGGCACCAGGCGAACCUGUACCCGUGCCGGACCAACACGGCGUGCACGCCCUUCUGCACCGACGCCGCGGUGCAGCAUUACGUUGAGCAGGGGGUGGCGCCGUCCAAGAUCGUCGUGGGCAUGCCCUUGUAUGGCCGGGCGUUUGAGGGGACCGAGGGCCUAGGGAAGCCGUACAGCGGUGUUGGGGAGGGCACGUGGGAGAAUGGCGUGCACGACUACAAGAAGUUACCACUGGACGGGGCCGAGGUGAGGAUGGAUCAUGACGCGGGCGCGACGUACUGCUACCAUCCGGGACGGAAGCUGUUGGUGAGUUACGACACAGUGGACAUGGCGAGGAGAAAGGCGGAGUACAUCAAGGAGCGCGGACUGGGAGGCGGCAUGUGGUGGGAGAGUAGCGCCGAUAAGGAAGGCCCCGAGAGUCUCAUUGGGAAUGUGGUCGAGGUGUUGGGCGGUCCAAAUUCAUUCGAGCAGCGCGAGAACUGCGUCACUUAUCCCCACACAAAGUACGACAACUUGAGGGAGGGGUUUCCCAACAACUAG